AUGGCUGAUGCUUUCGUUUCCGUGCUACUGGAACAACUGGCUUCAAUAACCUAUCAACAAAUAGAGAAAGAGGUGAGACUGGUUGUGGGGGUCAAGAAAGAAGUUGCCAAGAUCACCAGCAAUCUGAAAGCUAUUCAGGCCGUGCUCGAGGAUGCAGAGAAGAGGCAAGUCAAGGAAGCCAUCGUCAGAGACUGGCUGGAGAAGCUCAAAGAUGUGUCGUACGAGAUGCAAGUUGUUCAUCACCAACAAGGUGGUGAAGGUAGUACUAGUACUGCUGCUGCUGCUGUUACCAAGAAGAAGGUAUGUUUCUUCGUACCCUCCAACUGUUUUUGUUUUGGCCAAGUGAGUCGAGUGAUCCACUGCCGUGACAUUGCUCGUAGAAUACAAUAUCUGAGUGAUAGGUUGAAUGAGAUUGCUAGAGAAAGACAAAGCUAUAACUUUCUAAACACUGAAAGGGUCUUUGAACAACUUGAGAGGAUUGAGACUUCAUCUUUGAUCGAUCUCUCCAAGACAUUUGGGAGGGAAGAUGAAACUGAACUAGUUGUGGGUAAGUUGGUCGGCGAGAGUAGUCAAGAAGAGAGGAACCCUUUAAUUAUCCCUAUAGUAGGGAUGGGGGGUAUGGGAAAAACUUCUCUUGCCCAGAUAGUCUACAAUAAUGAAAAGGUGAAGUUAAAUUUCACAAAAAGGAUAUGGGUUUGUGUUUCAGACCCCUUUAGUGAGAUCAAAAUUGCCAAAGCUAUUAUUGCAGAUCUCAAUAAAGAUGAUGCUCCAAAUUCAAAUGAUUUGCAACCUUUAUUGAAAUGUAUACAAAGAAAUAUUAAAGGCCAGAAGUUUCUCCUCGUGCUAGAUGAUGUUUGGACUGAUGAUGACAGAAAGUGGGAACAAUUAAAGCUAUCUUUACAAAGUGGUCUUGUAGGUAGUAGAAUAUUGGUGACCACACGGAAAGAGGAAGUUGCUAUGAUGAUGGGAGUAACCUCUGUGGAUAUGAUCCAUUUGGAGAAGUUGAGUGAACAAUGUUGUUGGUCAAUAUUCUAUCACAUUGCUUUGGCCGAGAGGGAAAGAGAUGAGUCUAAAGUGUUAGAAUCUUUGGGUAAAGACAUUGUAAAACGGUGUAACGGUUUGCCUCUUCUUGCAAAGGUUUUAGGUGAUGCGCUCCAAGAAAACUAA